AUGAUUCAACAACCACCCACUUUUAAUUUUAUUAUCACUCGUCCACACAAUAAACCAGCAAAUACAUGUACAAGAAAAGGCCCGCCUUCUAUCUUGAUUGACUUUACAGCCAUGACAUUAUGUGAUUUAUUACCAGCCCAUCCUAAAAACGCCAGCAUACGCAGAUCAUUACCUGAACUCGUCUUCUUUGUUCAAAAAGUAACUCACCAAGCUGACAUCAAUUGCAGAACUCUCUUAGUCGCCUUGAUAUACUUGCAAAGAGCCAAAUCCAACUUACCAAAGAGAGCUGUUGGCAGUGACGAUACAAAUCACCGCAUGUUUCUUGGCGCAUUAUUAUUAGCAUCCAAAUUUUUAAAAGACUCAGCCUGGACAACACACACUUUAACCAACAGAAGACUUUACGAGAUCUGUGGUGGAUUAUUUUCAAUGAAAGAAAUCUAUCAACUCGAACGCGCCUUCUUAAAGUUAAUUCAAUACAACUGUUGGGUCGACGACCAAGGCUUGAAUCAAUUUGUUCUCAAACAUCGACAAGAUCUUUCUAUUUAA